AUGGCUGUUUCCCAGUGUGUCGUUUCGCUGAUUAAGAAUUGUAGGCCCAAUGUGUGCAGUCGAUUUUUUAGCACAUCACGUGCAGCUUUCGCUACUAAGAUGACUGUUAGGGACGCUCUCAAUUCUGCUAUGCGUGAAGAACUGGAACGCGACAAGGAUGUCAUUAUUUUAGGAGAAGAAGUUGCCCAGUACGAUGGGGCCUAUAAAGUCACUAAAGGUCUGUGGAAAACAUUUGGCGAUAGUCGUGUUAUGGAUACACCCAUAACAGAAAUGGGUUUCGCUGGAAUUGCCGUUGGGGCAGCUAUGGCUGGCCUUAAACCGAUAUGCGAGUUUAUGACGUUUAAUUUCGCAAUGCAGGCGAUAGAUCAGAUAAUCAACUCUGCUGCAAAGUCAGCAUACAUGUCUGCGGGUUUGGUUUCUGUCCCAGUCGUUUUCAGAGGACCAAAUGGUUGUUCCGCUGGAGUCGCUGCUCAGCACAGCCAAGAUUUUGGCGCUUGUUGUGAAGAUGCUCGAGGCCUUCUAAAGACUGCUGUUCGUGAUCCAGAUCCUGUCGUUCAUUUGGAGAGCGAGUUGUUGUAUGGACACUCAUUUGAUGUGUCAGAUGAAGCGCUGUCUCCAGAUUAUUUAAUUCCUAUUGGUCAGGCUAAAAUCGAACGAGAAGGCAAGGACGUUACUCUUGUUAGUUACAGUCUGGGCGUGGGUACAUGCUUGGCUGCCGCGGAAGAACUGGCAAAACUGGGUAUUAGUGCUGAGGUAAUUAAUUUACGUUCUUUACGUCCCAUGGAUGAGGAAGCAAUAUUUAACUCUGUUAAGAAAACUCAUUAUCUGGUCACUGUAGAAAAUGGUUGGCCUACAUGUGGCAUUGGAGCUGAAAUAUGCGCUCGAGUUAUGGAAACGGAUACUUUCAAUUAUCUGGAUGCUCCCGUCUUACGCGUUACAGGGGCUGAUGUUCCAAUGCCCUAUGCUCAAAAUCUAGAGCGUGCUUCAUAUCCUGAUACACAUAAUAUUAUAACUACUGUAAAAUUGAUGAAGAAUGUACAGUGA